CUCUGCGAAAAUCGCAGUUGACUGGUCACUUUCGUCAUACCUUCUUUUAGACCUACGAUCUUCGGCGCCGCGGUUUAACGAUCUUCCUCCUCUUAAAACAAAGCAAAUAUUGAAAAUUUAAAUUAUUAAAAUAUAGAAUUUUUAAAGGAUGUCAUAAACAAGUGUAUAAAGAGUGUUUUUAAACAAUACGUAUUGUAAACCGGUCAACUGGUUUCGAUAAAUCGAGAAAAAUUGGUGAAUUUUAAGACGACCUUUGAAUUCUCCUUUAGUACAGUCAGAUUUUCUUUUAAAACUAGCAAAGCCAGAAUCUUGCUUAUGGUUUAUUGGUUUUAAAUAGAAAAAGGUUUUUGACUUUAAAUAAUCUGGUUUUCAUUGGAAAUGAUAAAUUUAGCAGUAUUGUCUGUCUUUUGUUUGCAGUAACAGGAUUUUUAAUGUGUCUAGUAGAGGUCUAGCGGUGAGCGGUGUUAAAAGACAGUGCUGUGAUAUUGUGAUAAUUAUUAUAUUUUAAAGGACGUUUAAAAAAAAUUAACGAGAAUGUUAACAUUUUUUUAUUGGAGUUGUUUUAUAACUCAGGUAUGUUUGGCAAAGGCAGAAAUACUGAGAGGACCACCAGAAGUUGAAAAAAACCCAAAAUUUUCCGGAUCAUACAUACCCGCUGCCAUGCAGAUUAUUGCUCACGAUACUGAACUAAUGAAGUAUGUGAUCAAACCACCUCAAGGAACUACAACUACUACUACCACAACUAUUCGUCCGACACCGUCUCAUAGGCCAGCAGUGUUUGCACCAACCUCACCCAUUGGACCUACCGCUUAUUUUUCACAAAGAAACUUAAAAAGGGAAAACCAAAAACCUUACAGUGAAAAAUACUACCCAUUGACACCUGAAGGCCUAAGAUGGCGAGCCCUUGGAGAAAACGAAGAUAUUUAUGAAAGAGCUGAGCAUUAUUUAGGAAAAGCUUUUGGAGAUGUACUUAAGCUAGCCAAUAGAAUUGAUGUAGAUGACGACCAGAUUGCAGAUGAAGAGAAAGUCUUAGAAUUUUCUAAGGUCUUUGAAGAUUCGGAUUCACCAUACAGGUUCGAACUAUUGAGACAAAAAAGAGUGCCGCCAACUAAAGCUUAUGUUACGUUGUUGACACUCUAUGACCUUUUAAAUGGUGAAGCAAAGAGAUUAAUGCUUAACAGAUAUAACGGAUUUACGGAAGAAGUCCUCAAUAAUUUGGUAAAUUUCUCCACUUCAACUUCUAGUAACCAACUGAAAGCUACCCUAAAGAAAAUUAUUGAAAAGGGCGAUACAAGAAAAGAAAACGUUAUGUCGAAAAUUAAAUCGCUUAUUAUGGAUUUGGAGCAAGAAAACAGUUAUAUUAAUAAUGCUUUGAAAGAUAUUCCUCCAUUAUCUUUUAUGCAUUGAUUUAUAUCAUGUUGUAUAAUUGUACUGGGUAAAUUGGCAUGUUUUUUUGCAGUAGAGAAGGAUGCCAUAAAUCCAAUCCUGUUAGUAUAUAUAAAUACAAUAAUGUUUGCUUAUUUUACACACCUAAUUAUCAGUAAAUUGUUUGCUACAUCUCCAUGUAAAAAGUCAGGA